AUGGCAGGUGAUCCGUUUUUAUCUGAUCCCUCGAAGAAAAGAAAACGGAAUUCAAGAACAACAUCAACAACAUCACAAAAUAAAAAAUCAAGAUCAUCAACACCACAACCAUCAAAAAGAUCAAAUACCCAUGAUGAAGAAAUAUCUAGUGACAGUGACGAAGAAGACGAAAUACUAGAUCAAGAUGACGGAAGAGCAGAUGAAGAUAUACUGUCAGAUGAAGAAUUUGAAAAUGAAACAGCAACAGAUAAAAGAAGAAGAUUAGCCAAACAAUAUCUUGAAAAUUUAAAAAAUGAAGAAUUGCAAAAUGAUGAAUACGAUGCACAAGAUUUAGAUGAUGAAAUUCUUUCACGAAGACUACAAGUUGAUGUAGCAGAAACUAAAGGUCAUGUAUAUAAAUUUUGGGGUGAUAAAAUUUCACAACAAUUAGAUGAUGAUAGUCAUCAAAUUAAAUUAAUAACAACAAGAAUAGGAUCUAAAAAUGUAACUGAUAUGUGUAUACAUUAUCCUUAUCUAUAUACUGUUUCAAAAGAUAUAGAAAUCAUAAAAUGGAAUAUAGGUAAUACUCAAAAUACUAAUAGGAAACCAAAUAGAAUAAAGCAUACAAAAGGUGGACCAAAAUAUUUCAACCUAAAUACAUUACAACAACAACUUAAUCAUCAUUGGGAACAAAUUAAUUGCAUAGCGGCUUCUCCAGAUGGGAAAUACAUAGUCACAGGAGGUUCAGAUUCAAGACUAAUAAUUUGGUCUAGUGAGAAUUUAGUAUGUUUAAAAGUAUUAGAAACCAGAUCAGCAGUAAAUUCAAUAUCAUUUAGGAGAAAUAGUGAUCAGUUAUUUGCAGCAUGUGCAGAUUUAAGAAUAAGAACAUUUUCAAUAAAUCAAUUCACUCAGUUGGAAGUACUAUAUGGACAUCAGGAUAAUAUCUCGGAUAUAUCAUCUUUAGCUAGGGAAACUUGUGUGUCUGUUGGAAGUAGAGAUAAAACUGCCAUGUUUUGGAAAGUUUCAGAGGAAACAAGAUUAACUUUUAGAGGUGGAGAUUCUGUUGAAAAAAAACAGCUGAAAAAACAAAUAAAACAUAAAAGUAAUAGUAAUGAUAAUGAUAAUGAUAAUGAAACUCAAGCGAAAGAACCAUUUCAUAAUGAAGGAUCGAUAGAUGUUGUAAGUAUGAUUGAUGAAUCUCAUUUCGUUACUGGAUCAGAUAAUGGAAAUAUAGCAUUAUGGUCAUUAGCUAAGAAGAAAGCACAAACUACCAAGAGAUUAGCUCAUGGCUUACAACCACAAUUUAAACCAGAAGAAGCAAGUGCUGAAUCUUCAAAAGAAUUAGCCACGCGACAAAUACCUGAACCUCAACCAUAUUGGAUUACAGCAAUACAUGCACCAGCUUAUAGUAAUAUUUUUUUCAGUGGUUCAUUUGGAGGGACAGUCAAAAUUUGGAAAUUAGAUGAAACACUUAGAUCAUUUAGUUUAAUAGGAGAAAUAGAAAAUUUAAAAGGAUUUGUUGUUAAAAUAGAUAGUGUUGAAAUUCCAGAAGCUAAAAAGUUAAAAAUAUUCGUUUUAUUAGCUAAAGAACAUAAAUUUGGUAGAUGGUUUAGUAAAUUACCUGGAGGAAGAAAUGCAUUAGUUAGUUUUACUUUUGAUAUUUAA